AUCUUCAAACUAUCUCGUUAGCUCUUUGGAACUGUUAGAAGAGAAUGGGUUGCUUACUUGGUUGCUUUGGUCGUCGGAAGAAUCGUCACCGUCAAAGACGUCGUGAAUCUUUCAAUCCUCGUUUAAACAGAAUCUCUGAGGAAUCUACAAAGGAUGUUCUUUUGAAUCUUAGGGUUCCUAAUGUUGAACAAGUCCCAAAGUAUAUAAAAGAUUCAAGUGUUUUGGAAGUCUCUAAAAUCUCGGAGGUGUCUUCAAAAGAUGAUCAUCUAAGUGUUGAGCAAGUAUCUAAAGUUUCUGUGAUUCCGAUUACUGAUAUCUUCUGUGGCAAGGUUGAGGAGAAACAAAGUCCGAGUCCGAGUCCAAAUCGUAAGAGAGUGACUUUCGACACCAAUGUUACAACAUAUGAACACAUUGUAGUAGAUGAAUCUAUUGAGCUCUUUGAGGAGAAGAAACAAGAGGUGAAGUCGAGGCAGGAGAGCGAUAUUACUACGUCUAACUCGUCAGGGUCUUAUCCUUCAAAUCAUAGAUAUCAGAAUUGCAGAGAAAGUGAUGAUGAAGAGGAGGAUGUAACGGAUAUUGAUGAUGAUGAUGAUGAUGAUGAUGAUGAUGAUGGUGGUGGGCUGCUUGAUGAAGACUAUUAUAAUGAUGACAGUUAUGAGGAUAAGCUGCAUAACUGGGAUAAAGUAGUUUAUACCGAGGAGAUUGCGGAUAAUGUUAUGGAUAUCAAGAGGAUUGAAGAAAAGAGUAAUGUCAGUGCUAGAGACAGGAGUGGGUAUGUUAACGCAGUACUGAACCCGAUCGAGAAUCUUUCCCAAUGGAAAGCUGUGAAAUCCAAAGGAAGAACAACUCAAACACAGCCUCGUAAGGAGAACGCGAUAAAUGCUUCCUUCAGCUUGGAGCCUCAGGUUGAUGAGUUAUCAUCAUCAUUCAGCUUGAACCAGAAAUCAAGAGAUGAAACUAAGAAACAGAGAACUCAAGAAAUAGCUGUUGAUGCUAGUCUCUCAACUUGGUUAUCCACAUCACAGACCACGGCCAGCGGAUGCAGCAGUGUUGAAACCGCAAUGUCUGAGAAGAAGAAGAAAUACUCGAAACCGGUUCAAAGCCACGAUGAAAGACCUAUACUGGGCGCAUUAACUGCAGAGGAGAUAAAACAGUUUUCAGCUACGGAUUCGCCAAGGAAAUCGCCAAGUAGAAGCCCUGAAUCACCAAUAAUCGGAACAGUCGGUGGUUAUUGGAACAAUCACUCAAUGGCCACCAGCAAGUACAGUUGAAGCUCUUAAAACUCAAAUUCUACAACAGAGAAACAAUUCCACACAUGUUUGGUUACUAAAUUGUGAGUAAAAUUUCAUUUAUUUG